AACUUCAUCAUGAGAAACCUUAAAUUACUUCGCAGCCUGGAGUUCCGGGAUAUUCAGGCUCCAGGGAAGCCUCUGUGCUUCACUCUUCGAUCUGAACAGCAGACAGUACUAAUUGGCUCAGAGAAUGGCCUGAUAGAAUUAGAUCCUACUUUAAGAGAAGUGAAAAAUGAAAUUUCUCUAGUGGCAGAAGGUUUUCUUCCCGAGGACGGAAGUGGCCGCAUUGUUGGUAUUCAGGACUUACUGGAUCAGGAGUCUGUGAGCAUAGCCACAGCCUCAGGAGAUGUCAUACUCUGCAAUCUGAGCACACACCAGCUGGAAUGUGUUGGAAGUGUUGCCAGUGGCAUCUCUGUCAUGAGCUGGAGUCCUGAUCAAGAAUUGGUGCUCCUUGUUACAGGUGAACAGACCCUGAUCAUGAUGACAAAAGAUUUUGAACCAAUCAUGGAACAGCAAAUCAACCAGAAUGAUUUUGGUGAAAGCAAGUUUGUCACUCUUGGAUGGGGCAAGAAGGAGACACAGUUCCAUGGAUCAGAAGGCAGGCAAGCAGCCUUUCAGCUGCAAAUGCAUGAGUCUGCUUUGCCCUGGGAUGACCAUAGUCCGAAGGUGACUUGGCGUGGUGAUGGCCAGUAUUUUGCUGUGAGUGUUAUUUGCCCAGAGACAGGUGCUCGGAAGGUCAGAGUGUGGAACCGAGAGUUUGUGUUACAGUCAACUAGUGAACCUGUGGCAGGACUGGGACCGGCUCUAGCUUGGAAACCCUCUGGCAGUUUGAUUGCCUCUACGCAAGAUAAACCUAACCAGCAGAAUGUUGUGUUUUUUGAGAAAAAUGGACUUCUCCAUGGCCAGUUUACACUUCCUUUCAAUAAAGAUGAGGUUAAGGUAAAUGACCUACUCUGGAAUGCAGAUUCCACUGUGCUUGCAGUAUGGCUGGAAGAUCUCCAGAGAGAAGAAGGUUCCCCUCUAAAGACUUAUGUUCAGCUCUGGACAGUUGGCAACUACCACUGGUAUCUCAAGCAGAGCCUGCCUUUUGACACCUGUGAGAAGAGCAAGAUAGUAUCUCUGACUUGGGACCCCAUAGCCCCAUUUCGGCUUCAUGUUCUCUGUCAGGGCUGGCAUUAUCUCUGCUAUGACUGGCAUUGGGCCACUGAUCGGAGCUUGGGACAGAAUGCCGGUGAUAUGGCCAAUGUGGCUGUCAUCAGUGGAAACAAGGUGCUGGUGUCAGUCUUUCAGCAGAUGGUCGUCCCUCCUCCCUUGAGCACCUACCAAGUGCUCUUGCCACACCCUGUGAACCAAGUCAUGUUCUCUGUGCAUCCUCAGGAGAGUAAUAGCCUCGCUGUCCUGGACUCCAGUAACCAGAUUUCUGUUUAUCGAUACGGUGACAGUCCAAGUGUGGACCCUACAGUGAAACCGGGAGCUGGGACUGGAAGUGGAUUCAAAGUCUCCAUUAGAAUGCCUCACCUGGAAAAGAGAUACAAAAUUCAGUUUAAAAAUGGUGAUGAUCAAGAAGUCAACCCACUAAAGCUCAGCAUGAUCACCUGGAUCCAAGAUGACAUUUUCCUGGCUGUGAGCCACAGCCCAUCCAGCCCCACGUCUGUCAUUCAGUAUCUGACUUCAGCCCCUCCUGCGGCGGAUGAUGAGCAAGGACAGCUCCAUAUUAGUUCAUCUGUGACAGUGGAUGGGGUUAUCAUCAAUGUAUGCUGCAAUUCCAAGACCAAGUCAGUAGCAUUGCAACUUGCUGAUGGCCAGAUAUUUAAGUACCUAUGGGAAUCCCCUUCUCAAGUUGUUGAGCCCUGGAAGAAUCCAGAUGGAAUUCCUGUUCAAUUUACUUAUCCAUGUGUACAGAUGGAAAUGGCCAUGAUUGGAGGUGAAGAAUGUGUCCUUGGUUUGACUGACAGGUGUCGGUUUUUCAUCAAUGACACUGAGAUUGCUUCUAAUAUCACGUCAUUUGCAGUGUAUGAUGAAUUCUUACUGUUGACGACCCAUUCCCAUACCUGCUAUUGUUUUGGCCUGAGAGAGGCCUCAAUUAAAACAUUACAGGCAAGUGUGAGCAGCAGUCCUGUGUCCAAUGGGGAGACUUUGCGGAAGGUGGAGCGGGGUUCACGGAUUGUCACUGUUGUUCCCGAAGACACAAAACUUAUUUUACAGAUGCCAAGAGGAAAUUUAGAGGUUGUCCAUCACCGAGCCCUGGUUUUAGCUCAGAUUCGGAAAUGGUUAGAUAAACUUAUGUUUAAGGAGGCAUUUGACUGCAUGAGAAAACUGAGAAUUAAUCUCAAUCUGAUUCAUGAUCACAAUCCUAAGGUAUUUCUUGACAAUGUGGAAAGCUUCAUAAGACAGAUAGAUUCUGUAAAUCAUCUUAAUUUAUUUUUCACAGAAUUAAAGGAAGAGGAUGUCACAAAGACCAUGUACCCUCCACUGGUUACUCAUGCCAUUCAGCUUUCCAGGGAUCUCGAGGGAAACAAAGUAGACCUGAUCUGCGACACUCUGAGAGCAGCCAUGGAGAACAUAAAUCCUCACAAGUUCUUCCUAUCCAUCCUCACCUCCCACGUGAAGAAGACUACUCCAGAACUGGAAGUUGUGCUGCAGAAGGUACACAAGCUUCAAGAAAAUGGUGCAUCUGUUCCUGAUGUUGUUACUGCUGAAGAGGCCCUGAAGUACUUACUGCUUCUGGUUGAUGUUAAUGAAUUAUAUGAUCAUUCUCUUGGGACCUAUGAUUUUGACUUGGUUCUCAUGGUAGCCGAGAAGUCACAGAAGGAUCCCAAAGAAUAUCUUCCAUUUCUUAAUAUGCUUAAGAAAAUGGAAACAAAUUAUCAGCGAUUCACUAUAGACAAGCAUUUGAAACGAUAUGAAAAAGCCAUUGGCCACCUCAGCAAAUGUGGACCUGAAUACUUCUCAGAGUGCUUAAACUUAAUAAAAGAUAAAAACUUAUACAAGGAAGCUCUGAAGUUGUACCCACCGGACUCACAGCAGUACAAGGACAUUAGCAUCGCUUAUGGGGAGCACCUGCUGCAGGAGCGCCUCUUUGAGCCAGCAGGGCUUGUGCUUGCCCGCUGUGGUGCCCAUGAGAAAGCUCUGGAUGCCUUUUUGGCUUGUGGCAGCUGGCAGCAAGCUCUCUGUGUAGCUUUCCAGCUCAAUUGGACCAAAGACCAGCUGGCUGCUCUCAGCAGAACUCUGGCAGGAAAGCUAGUUGAACAGAGGAAGCACAAAGAUGCAGCCACAGUGUUAGAACAGUAUGCACAGGAUUAUGAAGAAGCAGUGCUCUUGCUGUUGGAAGGAUCUGCCUGGGAAGAAGCUUUGAGAUUGGUAUACAAAUAUAACAGACUGGACAUCAUAGAAACCAAUGUAAAGCCUUCCAUUUUAGAAGCCCAGAAACAUUACAUGGCAUUUCUAGACUCUCAGGCAGCCACAUUCAGUCGCCAUAAGAAACGCUUAUUGGUGGUUCGAGAGCUCAAGGAGCAAGCACAGUAUCUCUGUCCAGGGGAAGAUGUGCCCCCAAAUCAAGAGUCCGACCUCUUCUCUGAAACUACCAGCGUCGUGAGUGGCAGUGACAUGAGUGGCAAAUACUCCCACAGUAACUCCCGGAUCUCAGCGCGAUCCUCGAAGAACCGUCGUAAAGCAGAGCGAAAGCGGCACAGCCUCAAAGAAGGCAGCCCACUGGAGGAUGUGGCUCUACUGGAGGCCUUGAAUGAAGUGGUUCAAGGCAUAGAGAAACUGAAAGAUGAAAUACGUCAUAUUUUAAAGGUGCUCUUUCUCUUUGAGUUUGAUGAGCAAGGAAGGGAGUUACAAAAGACCUAUGAGGAUACUUUGCAGCUGGUCGAGAAGUCAGUGCCAGAAAUUUGGACUCUAAAGCACCAACAGAGUUCAGCUACACCUGUCCUGGGUCCUAAUUCCACUGCAAAUAGUAUCAUGGCCUCCUAUCAACAGAAGAUGUCAACUCCUACUCAUGUUCCUGAGCUUUUGAUACCACCGAAGAUCAACACAAGAACCCACUGGAAGCUGAGCCUUCUGGAGUGACUUCUGGUAUGAAGCGGGCUCUGGCUGAGAUGACUGGCUUUCUCCUGCUGCUGCUUUCCCUCAGCCCUCAGUGUCUCCCCACGCUGCUCUGUACCAUGGACACAAGCAGUUAAUUGAUUUUUAUUUUGUGAAUAAUCUUAAUCAUUAGAAUGUGAAACUGUAGCCAACAAAGAAUUUUACAAGGAUUACUUUUUUUUUUUAUUUUUUGGUUUCUGGGUCACACGCAGUGACAGUCAGGG